UGAGAAUUAAAUUAGUGACGAAGGUGCAUCAGGCUUAGGUUCUGGUUUAGCUAAAUGCAUUAAUCUCUCAAAUUUGACACUUGAUCUAGAUUUCAAUUAAAUUGGUGCAAUUGGUGCAUCAGGCUUAGGUUCUGGUUUAGCUAAAUGCAUUAAUCUCUCAAAUUUGACACUUCAUCUUCGUGGCAAUUAAAUUGGUGACGAAGGUGCAUCAGGCUUAGGUUCUGGUUUAGCUAAGUGCAUUAAUCUCUCAAAUUUGACACUUCAUCUUCGUUUCAAUUAAAUUGGUGCAAUUGGUGCAUCAGGCUUAGGUUCUGGUUUAGCUAAAUGCAUUAAUCUCUCAAAUUUGACACUUCAUCUUGGUUACAAUUAUAUUAAUGACGAAGGUGCAUCAGGCUUAGGUUCUGGUUUAGCUAAGUGCAUUAAUCUCUCAAAUUUGACACUUGAUCUUCGUGAGAAUUAAAUUGGUAAAGAAGGUGCAUCAGGCUUAGGUUCUGGUUUAGCUAAGUGCAUUAAUCUCUCAAAUUUGACACUUGAUCUUCGUGAUAAUUAAAUUGGUAAAGAAGGUGCAUCAGGCUUAGGUUCUGGUUUAGCUAAAUGCAUUAAUCUCUCAAAUUUGACACUUGAUCUUUAAAGCAAUUAAAUUGGUGACGAAGGUGCAUCAGGCUUAGGUUCUGGUUUAGCUAAAUGCAUUAAUCUCUCAAAUUUGACACUUCAUCUUAGUAACAAUUAUAUUGGUGACGAAGGUGCAUCAGGCUUAGUUUCUGGUUUAGCUAAGUGCAUUAAUCUCUCAAAUUUGACACUUGAUCUUUGUUACAAUUUAAUUGGUGAUGAAGGUGCAUCAGGCUUAGGUUCUGGUUUAGCUAAAUGCAUUAAUCUCUCAAAUUUGACACUUAAUCUUGUUAACAAUUAUAUUGGUGACGAAGGUGCAUCAGGCUUAGGUUCUGAUUUAGCUAAAUGCAUUAAUCUCUCAAAUUUGACACUUAUUCUUCUUGAUAAUUAAAUUGGUGACGAAGGUACAUCAGACUUAUGUUCUGGUUUAGCUAAAUGCAUUAAUCUCUUAAAUUUGACACUUGAUCUUCUGUAAAAACAGUUUAUUUGUUUUGGAUUGUGA